AUGUCUUCAUCUACACAUUAUGCUAUGAGAGGCAAGGGAUCCGAUUCCCGAUAUACUGAUAAAACGGAUAUUGCGGUAGCGGCAGAGAAGUCUGAGCAGUCUCAUUCUUUUGUUGCUAGCUUGGGUAGAGCUUUUGGAGAAAAAGGUGAGAAGGCAAAAAUCCCUGUCCAAUGUGAUAUCGGCUUUGACCGCAAAGAGAAUGAUGUCAAAAGAAUGGAUUUAACGGAGUUAAGGGAAUUAAAAGAACAAUUACAAGAGCUUCUUGAUAAAGGAUUCAUUCAACCCAGUGUUUCUCCUUGGGGAGUGCCUGUGCUAUUUCUGAAAAAGAAGGACGGGUCUAUGCAGUUAUGUGUUGACUAUCGUCAACUAAAUAAGAUAGAUGCCAAGACAGUUUUGAAAUGCUGA